CACCACUCAGAAGUCUUUCACAAGGAAUCAAAAGCACGAGUCUUCCAUCUUUGUCCACCUCCGAAUUCCCGCAACACCCCCCCGCUUAAUUCCCAUCUGGGUGUGCAUAAUAACACUCUCUAUAUACGCGCGCUGUAGUAUAGUGGAUAAAUGUACACGCGUAUGAUUGUAGUUUGAGUCUGCUUUAAGGCAGAGCGUAAUUGAGAAUCUGAAGUUGGUUGUAAUUUAUUUUUUCUUGAUCUAGAGAUGUCGAAUUCAUUGCCUUACUCGGUGAAAGAUGUGCAUUAUGAUAACGCCAAGUUCCGCCAACGAUCCGUAUCUCAGGUAAUUUCUCAGGCUCUAUUAACCAGUAAUGGAAAACGUGAUUAUUUAAAAUGUAGCAUUGGGAAAUUUCUUGUGUUACUGAUGAUUGGUGGUUUAGCAUAUCUCAUACUGGCUCAUAAAAGUGAUGUCCAUCCUGUAUCUGAUGGUGUAGCAAAAAAUGAUGGAUCUAAGGAAGGAGACAAUAUCAUGACUCAUGGAAGCGGCAACUUCAGGAGAUUUUGGAGAAAACCACCUAGACUUCCACCUCGGUUAUCUCCCGAUGAAAUAAGUAGUAGGAAUAGAUCUAUUCAAGAGUUUAAGAAAAGAGCUGAGCCUGAAUGGAUAGCAAGACAACAGAAGGUUAAAGAGGCAUUUAUCCAUGCCUGGUCUGGCUACAAAUCCUAUGCCAUGGGUUUUGAUGAACUUAUGCCCUUGAGCCAUAGAGGGGUUGACGGUUUAGGAGGUUUGGGAGCUACAGUUAUCGAUGCUUUAGACACGGCUAUGAUUAUGGGAGCUGAUGAGGUCGUAUAUGAAGCAGGCUCGUGGAUUGAGAAACAUCUUCCUGAGAAGAUUGAAGGGAAAGGCCAAGUUAAUCUCUUUGAAACUACAAUACGAGUUCUAGGGGGUCUUUUGAGUGCUUAUCACUUAAGUGGUGGGAAUCAAGGGGGAAUUCCAGGACACAAGGGGCCUAAACCAUCUAUUUACCUGGAAAAUGCUAGGAACUUGGCUGAUCGUCUACUUACUGCUUUUACAACAAGUCCCUCUGAUAUUCCAUACAGUGAUGUUGUCCUGCGUGAAAAGUCUGCACAUCCUGCCCCUGAUGGUCUGAGUAGCACUGCUGAAGUUGCAACUCUACAGCUUGAAUUCAAUUAUCUUAGUUAUCUAACAGGUGAUGCGAAGUAUAGCAUAGAAGCCAUGAAGGUUCUACAACAUAUAAAGACUUUACCAAAGGUGGAGGGACUGGUCCCUAUAUACAUAAGCCCUCAAUCUGGAGACUUUAGUGGAGACAAUAUUAGACUUGGAUCUCGCGGUGAUAGCUACUAUGAAUAUCUUAUUAAAGUGUGGCUUCAGCAGCGAGGAACUAACUGUUCAUACUUGUACGAUAUGUAUGUCGAAGCAAUUAAAGGUGUCAGGCACCUUCUUGUACGCAAAUCUGUUCCAAACGGCUUGCUCUUUGUGGGAGAAUUGCCUUAUGGGCGAGAAGCUGGUUUCAGUCCAAAGAUGGAUCACCUGGUGUGUUUCCUUCCUGGUGCCCUGGCCCUUGGCGCUACAAAGGGGUUCACAAAGGAAAGGGCUAUGAAAGAGAACUUGCUCACUUUUGAAGAUAUGGAAAACCUAAAGCUUGCUGAAGAUCUGGCUAAGACAUGCGUGGAAAUAUACUCAGUAACCUCUACUGGCCUUGCUCCAGAAAUAGCUUAUUUCAAUAUUGAGGGAAAUUCUGAAGGUGGCCCUGAUGGUGGAAACAAAAGUUCGAGAUAUUUGAAUGACAUAAUCAUAAAGCCUGCCGAUCGUCACAAUCUUUUGCGUCCUGAAACCGUUGAAUCAUUAUUUGUACUCUAUCGUAUUACUGGCGAUUCAAAGUAUCGUGAAUGGGGAUGGCAAAUUUUUGAGGCAUUUGAGAAGUACACAAAGGUCGAUUCUGGAGGUUACACUUCUCUUGAUGAUGUCACUGUGCUUCCCCCACGAAGAAGAGACAAGAUGGAGACGUUUUUCUUGGGCGAAACACUCAAAUACCUCUAUUUGCUGUUUGGUAAUAGCACCACAAUCCCUUUGGAUGAGUAUGUAUUCAACACAGAAGCUCAUCCUAUCCCAAUAAUUUCUAGAAGUCAAUAAUACAUUGUUUGCAAGGAGAAUUUUUUCAAUAUUGGCGGAUGCAGAUGACCCAAGAGAACAUGUUUCAGCAAAGCUUGGAUGGAGUUUAAAUCGGCUCAUUAGGUCGCAAGUGACCUCAUGGAAGCUUAUCCAUAAAUGUUAUAGAUGGAGCUCGCUGAAAUUUUCAUCUGAAGCUUGUCAAUUGAUACUUCUGGAACUUCUAUCCAGAGCAAGACUUGAGGCAGGAAACUGUUGUUAAACAUCUUGUUUGUGUAGAGCACACGAGAGUAGUUGCAAUUUUAUAAGGUGUUAAAGUUGUAUGUUAUUCAUGAAAAGAACAGGGUAUAGAGUGUAUUCCUUCUGUAGCGAGUCGAUGAUAUUCUUGAAACUGAUGUAUUAAUUUGCAAUUUUGAUUUCUCCCUUUGGAGAUACAAAGAUUGAUCAUUUAGCCUAACAUUUACAAAAUGAGAUCAAUAUACAAUUGCUUUUAUCCUC